CCCGGAACCAUGGAGCUCUCAGCGGCCGGGGACCGCGUGUUUGCGGCCGAAGCUAUCCUCAAGCGCCGCGUCCGCAAGGGUAGAAUGGAGUACCUGGUGAAAUGGAAAGGGUGGGCUAUCAAGUACAGCACUUGGGAACCGGAGGAGAACAUCCUUGAUGAUCGGCUAGUAGCAGCGUUUGAACAAAAAGAGAGAGAACAGGAGCUUUAUGGACCAAAAAAGAGGGGACCUAAGCCUAAAACACUUCUGCUAAAGUCAAGAGCACAGGUGUCAGAGGGCUCACCUCGAGUCCUUGAGUUUAAACCCACUCGGCCCCAGCCAUCCUCCAAACCUGCACCUUCACCUGUUACUACACCAUGUUACCCUCCUACCACCGCUUCAAAUGCUAAGCUGCAGUCUGGAGCUGCCCAGCCGAAACUGAAGAAAGACAUCCACCGCUGUCAUCGGAUGGCACGGCGGCCUCUGCCUCGGCCCGAUCCCUUAGCUCAGCAAAUGGAUUCCUCUGUUCCCUUUCCGCCUCGGCCCACAGUCAGCCCUUUCUGCGAGACAGUCCGCAUUCUUAACCGGAAGGUUAAACGUCGAGAGGUGAAAAAGGGAAGGGUGAUCCUGAAUUUAAAAGUGACAGACAAGCCAAGGACAGCCAUUAACAAAAGGACACAGAACCCCAGCCAUACGUCCCAGGUUGGGCGCCAAAAAGUUCCUUCUCGGAACAGGGUGAUCGUCAAAAACAGGAGGUUUGGGGAUGUAUCAUUUAAAGGGCUGCAGCUUCCUAUGAGUGGUUCUGGGUUUUCAGUUUUCAAAAAAACGCUCGAAACUUAUCCUAAAGAACCUGAGGAAAAGCUGAAGGUUGAACAAACCGGGUACAAACCUGCUACAAACUCCUUGCCAACACCUUCUCAGAAAUCUUCUGAUGUUAAUAAAGUGCCUGUUAAGUCUGUAUCUGUAUCCAGUUCGAAAAUCUCAGACAGUGAACCUCUUUCACAUCCACUUCAGUCACACCCUCCCACACUACCCCAAUCAUCCAAGCCAAACACUUCCCCUCAGCUAUCGAACUCAAAAUCCAAACUGACUCUAAGUCAACCCACCCAGCCUUCCUCUCCCAUGUUCUCCUCAUCUUCCUCAUCCUUAUCGUCCUCAUCUGAGGAGAACGAGCACAUUCUGGACCUCUCUGUGCCUCACGGUUCCAGCAGGCAAGGCAGACAGCGCAAUCACUUCAGCUGCCGCCGGCACCCCAAGCUUCCUGAAGUCCCUGUGUCUGAGGAGGAAAGUGAGGAUUUGGACUGGCAUCCAGAAAUGGCUGCUCAAUGUGCCAACGUGGUCAUUACGGACAUCACGACAAACCUCCUCACAGUCACAAUCAAAGAGUUUUGUCACCCUCCUGGACUUCCUGCAUCAGCUUCUUCCUGCUGUGUUAAUUAUAAUUCAUCAUUCAUUGUUGUGAUCCUGGCCGCCGGGAUGGUGGCGUUUGUCGGAGCUGUGAUCUGCAUCAUCGCCGCGGUGCACGGUGCAUCACCUGCAGAAGCCGCAGCGUCCAGCGCCGCGCAGCCGCUCGCCGAUAAUCAGUCUCUAUCAACAGGCUCCGGGGUGCUCAGCCUGCCAUCGGGCUCGGUGGCCCGUGCCGGAGCGAUAAACGCCUUACACGGCAGCGGAGACAUGGACAGGCCCGGGUCUCCCACUUUCUACGGCAUUACCGGAGUGAGACCUGACGGCGAAGGAGGGGAACAGCGGGUGACCGUGGGUAGGCUGAUCUGCACCCCGGUUCCGGCUGGAGAGUGCAGACAGGCAGAGACAGUGAUUACGGGAGAGAAGUGGGGCGAUCUGCGCGCUGCGGCUGAGGAGCUUCGGCGCACUGUGGAGCAGCAGGAGGAGAAGAUCCGCUCCGAACAGCGCACCAUUCACGAACUCACCGGCAAAUUGUCAGCCUGUGAGGGCUCCGGGCAUCGGGCAGCUGGUUUACGGGUCGACGGCAGCAGGGAGGAGAGAGGCGAACUCAUGAUGCAAGAUGAUGCCGGACCAGCGGCACUCACAGUGCAGGAUCUGGAGAGGGCCAUACUGCACAUGAAAGAGCGCAUCGAGAAACUGGAGGCAGAUUUGGGCCCACUGAUCCCAGUACCACACAACCACACGGAGAUGGGUCCUAAAGGCAAAGGCGGUGGUCGGAACCCGGUGACUGUGCAGGGGGUUGUAGCACAGAGAAAUGUAGAGGAUAUUGAGAGAGAGCUAAAGCGAAAGAUGAGAGUGCUGGAAGAGGAAAGAAAGGCACUUCGCAAAAAAACCCAGAAACAUCAGCACUACAUUGACCAUGGACUGGAUGCUGUGCACCAAAGAAUAAGCAGCCUUGAGCAAGGCUUAUCUGAGAACAGGUUUCCAGAGGGUUACAAGCUGAGUUUUCCUCUAAGGAGCAGCUCUAUGUAUGCUUUAGUGAAACAGACAUUUCCCACUCUCCAUACUCUCACUGCUUGCAUGUGGCUUAGACCUGUGCAAGGCAUCCUUGGAACUACUUUUUCUUAUGCUGUGUCAGAGGAACCUCAUGAGCUAGUUCUGCAGCAGCUGGUCAACGGCCCAGUUGAGCUUAUCAUCAAAAAUGAGGUGGCACAGUUCUAUUUAAACCUGACGGUGGGUGCUUGGCAGCAUGUGUGUGUCAGUUGGAACAGAAGAGGAGGAAUGUGGCAUGCUUAUGUGGGAGGCAAGCUGAAAAGUGAGGGGAAGGGCCUGGCAAGCCGCCACUACAUCCGGUCUGCAGGAACACUAGUCCUGGGCCAAGAACAGAAUUCAGUUGGAGGACUUCGUUUUGAAUCAUCACGGUCUCUGAUGGGAGACCUUUUUCAGUUUAACAUGUGGGACCGACUGCUUACUAAUGCAGAGCUUUCUGCUCUGGCCCACUGCAGCACAGGUAUGCUGGGUAACAUCGUCCCCUGGACCAGCCGUGAUGUCCAAGUGUUUGGAGGAGUCACAAAGCAGCCGGCUGAUCACUGCAACCAUCAUGCUGGCAUACGACAGUGAGGGGUCAUCUGGAUGUCCCAUGUUUGGGUUAGGGUGUGGAAACUGAGACUAAGUCAAACGAAAGUGUAUUUAUUAAUAAUAGCCUUUAACUGAGACACUGUCAUCAUCAACUGUAUGGAAUUAUUAUCUGUGAGUUUUGAAAAAACGUUGGAAAUAAAUGUGCAGUUGACUAGACCUAAAAUAGAAG